UAAUCUUUGUAUUUCAGAUGCAGCUAUGGCGAAGAAAUUCAAAUGAAUGUUGAGAGGCCGGCUACUGUCAAAAAUGAUGAAUCUUCAUUGAAAAGAGCGUCUGAUGAGAAUGAAUCGUAUACUAGUAAUUUGGAAAUUGCUACAAAUGACAGUACUGGUCGUUCCAAAUUGGAUAAUCAGUCUACAUCGAAUACUGAAGAGCUAUUCUUUGAUUCCUGUAGUUCUCUCGAUGGUGAUCACGUGAACGCGGAAACUCAGAAGCAUGAAUUUGAUAGCCAGUCAUCAGUAGUUGGGGAUCUUGCUAAUCAUAAAACGUUGCCUACAAAGGAUCAAUCUUCCACAUUCAAUGAACAACCAUUUAGUGAAAAGAGUGAUAAAGUGAUUGAAAGCUGGGACAAGAAAAUAGAGGGAACAAUAAACAAUCAAGCAUCACAAAUUAAUACAAAUAUCAGAACUGAGGGAAACUUGAAUCAUGUGAUUAGUUCUAAUAGGGAAGUGAAUGAUGUGAAAGGGACUUUAGUUGCAGAAUCUCAUGAAGUAACUAAUGUGGGGAACCAAAAAGAAAAAGUAGAAUCUAAGAAGAUGAAAAAGAAGAAACAGAAUAAGGAAAAACAUGAAGAACAUCCAGAUAAAUCACCAGUUUGGCCGCUGUCCUUAAUACCGAACAAAAAAUACGUGAAUGGGUGUCAGUAGAAACUUUGAAUUUUAUAUUUGGAUCAGAAAAACUCCGUAAUAUUCUUGAAGAACACGGUCUAUUGGACAAACUGCAAGAGAAGAAUAUCGACUCAGCUAGAGAUCCGUAUUUGUUCGAGCGGUACAUUGAAAUCUGUACCAAAUUGAAUAUUUUAGAUAUGAAGGAUUCCAAGUUUGAUAAAGAAGUGAGAGAGGAGAGUGUGAUACCGACCAAGCCUCUCCCCGACUUCAAGAAGCUGAGAGAAGAAGCCAAGGAGAUGGAGUUGAAGGUUCGCUCGUUCUAUGCCGGUGAUAAGAGGGUUCAGUUCUCCAAUGCAAUUAUCGAAGAAUCUGAAGCAAAGGAUGAGAAACCAAAUGUGCUGCCACUUGUGGAUCAGCAUGCCCAACAUGCAUUCAGAAGGCGUAUUGUCCUUGACCACCUCAACAAAGUUUUACCUGACGUUAUGAAGACUGUUGGAAUUACAAACCUUAUCUCCAAGAAAGAUAUGAGAGAUUUAGUUCACACAUUCACGCUUUCUGCAAGCAAUGUUGUGUUCAAACCAAUUGAAUGGCAAUUCAUUGCAAUCAUAAUUGUUAAAUUGUGAGUAUCACUGAUUUUCAAUUCAACAUUUC